UGGGAUUGGGCAGAGGGAGUUGAGGUUGAGGAAGGGAAUGCAGGAUUGGUAGAGUUGAGAGUCAAACUUGUUGACUCACAUAUUUGUGCAGCCUCGUCCUUUCUUGCUACCCUUCCCAUCGGCGCGGAGCUGUCCUUUGGCAUUGGUGCUGAAACACGUUUUCUACCAGAUCGUAAGGGGACGCUGGAGCGUUGGGAAUAAAACAUUUAGAUUUUUUUGUACACGUUUUGUAUCGUUUAAAUAACUUUAUCGACAGAUUGAAUACUUUCAGACAGUUUGACACUCUCCGGAAGAUAACCGUUGAAUUAGCCUACUCCGCUCUAAUCAAGAGCGCGUAAAGAUCCAAUUUUCGACCCAGGUACUGUGGUCUCUUGAAAGCAGAAAGAUGGCUUUUAUGGUAAAGCACAUGGUGGGAGGCCAGCUGAAAAACCUCACGGGGGGGAAUGAAGAAAAAACAGAAGCAGAGAAAUCAGACGCCGCGGCGAACGGGAUGACCCAGGAGGAGUUUGAACAAUAUCAACAACAGUUAGAAGAAGAAAAACAAGAACGAGAUGCUAGCUUUGCUCAGAAGAAGGCUGAGAGGGCAACAGUCAGAAGUCACUUCCGAGAUAAAUACAGACUCUCAAAGAACGAGCUGGACGAGACCCAGAUCCAGCAGGCGGGGGAUGACGUGGAGCUGCCCACAGAGCUGGCCAAGAUGAUCGCUGAGGACAACCAGGAGGAAGAGAGCAAACAGUCUGUGCUGGGUCAGCUGACCAACAUCCAGAAUGUUGAUUUAGACCAGCUGAAGGACAAGGCCCAAGCCACGCUGGAGGACCUGAAAAACUCAGCCGAGAAGUGCAAUCUCAUGUGAUGUGAUGGGGAUGCCAGGUCUAUCCCCCUACAUCCCCUCCCUCCCUCCCUCCCUCCUACCCUCCCGCCCUCCUUCCUCCCUCCCUCCCUCCCUAUUUUCUCUGUACCUCACAUGAUUUAUGACAUCAUGAUGUAUGCUCCAUGAACAUGUGCAGUUGUGGGUGUUGAUGUUAAAUAGCGACAACACACACUCAUAGACAUAGGUGCACAGUAAAUAUACAUGUGUGUGUCUUGCUGUGUCUACAGGCCAAUGGGAUCAAGAUAUGGAGAGAGUCCUAAACAGUGUAACCUCUUAUUAUGCUUUACAUAGAAUGCCAAAGUCCCUUACAAAAACAACACUGCCACCAUUUAGAAAAUGGAACACAUGCAUUCCAUAUGACUAUUUUUAGAGGUUGUGUAAGAUGUUGUAGAACUAUGUUCUCAGAACAUAUACAGUAUGAUACUAGGUUUUUGUUGUUUCUGAGAUAUAGGCUACAUAUAAAUGUAUUUGUGCUGUCAGCCUGACAGGCUUUCAUUCAGUAUCCAGGUCUCAGCUGAACAUCCUCAUGCCUACCCACACACAGUGACCUUUGACCUGUCCUCAUAUUUCCAUUUGGUCCCCUUGUCCUCUCCAUUUCAGUGGUGCCGUUUUGUGCUGGUGGUUUGGUGUCAUGUAGCUGCUAUGAUGUGUCAAGUGCUGUCUUUUUAAAACGUCAUCCUUCGGCUGAGCGUGCUGAACACAGUGUAAAGCAACACACGCUCCUGUGUAUGAACAUAUACUUGGUAUUUGUCUGACUUGUUGUCUUAUAAGUCAAAUUAGGUAAAGAUAGGCCAGGAGUGGGGUUGUCAAUUCUGUGUUACAGUUUACACUAUUGUUCAUUACCAGUGUUCAUGUUGUGUGAUAGUUAAAACAGCCCGUUUGUAGAUUGCGGUAUUUGCCAUGUGGAAUGGGAGUACAGUUACCUUCACCUGUGGCUUAUUUGACCUGAUAACUGCAGUGUGCUUCCAUGUGUGUUUAAAGAGACAUGAGAUACACAACAAUUCAAUGAGCCAACUAACCUUAUCUUUGUGUGUCAAGAGUCAAUGAUUUAUCACGUUGUUCACCGAAGUAUAUCAUUUUUUUGUUGCCUUGUCAAAAGCUAAAUGAGGGUGGCCAUGGUGAUUUCAGGAAUGAGACACGAACAUGGUUUUCGUCAUCCUCUUUAUUUUGUAAUUUAUUUUACAGUGCAUCAUUGUUGUCGUUCAGCGCUGUAUGAACCUUAUUUUAUUGAUUUUGGACUGACUGUUGAAACUUC